AUGUUUGUGGAUUACUACGCUUUGCUUUCCUUGCCUCCAUCCUGUUCCGCAAAGGAUGUCCGGGAUGCGUUUAAACGGCUUGUCUUGCUGUGCCACCCGGAUCGUCCGGACGAGGGUUCCACGGAGUGUUUUUGUGACAUUAAGGACGCGUAUGAUGUAUUGAGCGAUCCUACACGACGGUACCUGUAUGAUUUAGGGUACGCUGAGGUAAAAGAGAUGCAGCAGCGUCAACGUCAAGCAGAGCAGGCUCUAAAGCAACAACAGCGGCGCGAGAUGGAGGGAGCAGACGAAUUGAUGCGAAAGCGAACCGUUCAGCCACAACCCCCGCGAAAUGGUGCACAAGCGCCCACGUCGGUGUAUUCUGACGUCAUACGGCGGGUGCCGUCAUCGGGUAAUUCAUCUCGUGUCCUGUGCACACCGUUGUCGAACAGCCACUGCACGUUGACGCCAGGUUGUGGUCGACAAGUUCGAGGUGCCGUGAAAAAGUCGAGGGAGAUGGCGGCGCAGGCAAUACCCAGGCAAGGGUCGGGGCUUGCAGCUGUUAGGAGAUGCCGUUUAGCGGAGCUUGAGCGUAGUGGUGCUGGCAUCGGUGAUAAAAAUACGAGUUCCUGUCCCAACCAUCAAACAGUGGAUCGGUCUUCCCCCCCCGACGUGCGUUUUCUGCACCCCCCGACAAGCCAAAGUAGCCAUAACAGCAGUGAAGCCGCGGCGGGCUACCGACAAUCAUUGGAGCAGGAACCCAAACUACAGCCUUGGGGAGCACGGUCGUCCGUAAAGAAGAACCAUGGUGUGAACUGGUUCAUUGUUCCAAAAGUAACAACGCUUCAAUGGGGUGAGGAUAAUUUAAUGCCACGGCGGUCAAAUAACAUUCCUGUAUCCGAUUGCUCUGGAAGAAACGUGAUCAAAACGUGGAAGAUAUUUUUCCAUGUGCCCGGGAUAGCUAAGGAGGAGCCGUAA